GGCUUCCCUUCCGAGAAUGCCUCAACGGUGGGAAAGCGAUGGCUUCUUUUAACGCGCCCCACAUCCGACGCCGCUGAUCCAUGGAGGUGGCCCCUUGCGCCUCGCUGAAGUCACAGCCGCAGAGACCGCGCCUUUCCGGUGCUUUUGCCCGCGCUGGGGUGUCCAACCGCUGGCGCCGGGGUGUGCAAGGGGGCUGUGCGGCACUGGCGGUGUCAGCCCCGAGAUCUAGGCGGCGGGCGCAGGUCCGUGCCGAAGCGCCGCUCUGUGAAGCCCUUCAGCAGCUUUCCAGGCGCGAUGUGGAGUGCCUGCGCGAGCUCCUGGAGUCUUUGCUGCAGGCCGGUGGCCAGGAGACCUUCCCCUUCUGCCGGCAGAAGGUGCAGCUGGAGGCUCUGGCGUCGCUGCCUGCGGUGAGCAACUUCUUCUCGGACCUGGGCUGUGAGCUGCCGGUGCCGCAGCGCGUGGCCUGGGUGGAAGCAGCCGCUGCGCAGUCUGAGCACUUCGACAUCUCCUUCCAGGAGGGUUGGAUGCAGGUCUUGAUCCGAGACGUUGAGCAGGUCCUUGAGCCGCGGAUGGCGCCGCUCUCUGUUGGUGAGGUGGUGGAGGGCUUGGUGCUGAAAGGAGAGGCAGAGGAGCUGCUGGUGGAUGUUGGCUGCGCGCUGCCCAGCCCAGUGAUGAGUGACGGCCUUGAGGAUUCGCCGCUUCCCGGGCAGUGGCUGCAGGACUUGGUGGUCCUAGACGAGGGGCUUCGGCGCCUGGCGCCCCCCUGGCGACCACCGAGCCCAGGCCAAGUGAUGGAGGGCAGAGUUGUCGCAGUGGCUGACACCUUGGCCACAGUGGACAUCGCCUCGUCGCUCUUCAUUGGCAACGUGCACCGCAGAUGGUGGCGGCAUUUGCCGAAGGUCGGGGAGCGGCUGACACUGCUGGUGCUGCGGGUUUCUUCCUCCAUUGUGGAGCUUCGGGAGCAGUGGCCGCAGGAGUCACUGGCGGGCUUGAAGGUGGUGCCGCUGAGCGACACCGCUGAGAGAGGCGAUGAGACCGUGGUGAAUGUGGUGAGUGUUGCCGGCAAAAAGUGGCAGGUGCUGGACAAAAAGCUACCGGACGUGUCCGACCGCGUCUUCGCCGGAGCGGUUCUCGUAGGUCGUGUGCUGUCACUGAAUGGGAUUUUGGUGGACGUGGCAGAGAAGUACUUGGCGCAAGUUGGGCCGGAUGCCCUGACGGAGCCCAUGGCCGAGUUGUGCGUGGGGCGGGCGCUGCAUCUGCGCGUGCUCAAAGUGGAUCACCAGCAGCAGCUGAUCCGCGCACGGCAGCUGCAUCCAUCGGAGAUGGGCGCGGACAGCGAAGGUCAGAGGGACGAGGUUGCGCUGGAAGACCUGCUAUGCCUGCCACAAAUCGGGAGCUGCGUGCAGAGCGAUGCGGAGGAGGCAGAGGGCACGAUACUCUUGCGCCACCCUCCGUGCCACGCGUUGCUCAAGGCCCAGAGUGAGAAGGUGACGAUCCUCCGUGUUUCGGACAUUGUUUCUGUACGUGGACUGGCACGGCCUGUGGUACUACCUGCUUCAGAGAUGUGCAUACCUACUUCGAGCCAAAGGCUGCCCGAGGCAGGUGCACUGGUGCGCGGCGUUGUGACUGGAUUCUCAUGCCUGCAGCUGCCUGACGGCACCUUCUCGAAUGGGCUCCUGAUCGCCCUGCGCGAAGGCCAAGGCUUCUGGCCCACGGAGUCCCACUGGCCGCUAGGAAUGAGUUGCAAGCUGACCGUCCAAGACUUUGUGACGGAGAAGGGUCGGGUCCUUGCGCUGCUCUCUGGCGAUGAACAGCGGAAGAUCAAGGUUGGCCACUUCUACUCGGGCCGACUCGUUCGGCCCAAAGCCGGGAAUCUGUGGCUCGUGGACGUCGGAGAAUCCAGGCCUGCGGUGAUCAACCUGCCGGAGGAUCGACCUGGACAAGAAGUGCUCGUGCGGCUGAUGGGCUUUGACAUGGAUAAGCCGGCGUACGUGCGCCCACUGGUGGAAGAGGAGUUGGGCAUGAGCCUCGAGCAACUGCGCGAGGCCCAGCGGCUGGCCUCGCCGCUGCCGCGGGUGGGCUUCGAGGUCUCCGCGCGCUGCCUGGGCCGCGCGGGGCAGGCGGCCUACGCCCCCCGCAAGGUUGAGCCGCAACUCCUGGAGGCAGUUUUAGCGCAAGUCGAGGAGGACGACCUCAUUGUGGAGCUUGAAGCGAUCCCGUGCCUGGGCGUGGUGGGCGCGGCGAACUGCUUCAAUGCGCCGGACUUGCUGCUCGCCGGCUCGGUGAUUCCGAACUUCCGUACCGUGAACAUCUAUGGCAUCGGUCUUGGCAGCUACGUGCAGCUCGGCCUACCACGAAGAGACCUGAGCUCCGUGUCCCAAGGCGACGUUCUCUCAGGUGUGGUGGGCAACCGCGUUCGCAACCGACUCCUGAUUGACGUGGGCGUGGAGUGUCGCAGGAAGAUGGUAUUCGGGCACUGGGACCUGGAGUCCCCGGAGGACCUCAGAUGCGCCAGCGGUUUGUCUGCUGGCUCCUGGGUGGGAAAUCUCACUGUGCUGAAGUGCUCGCUGGACCCGCCAGAACUGCUGGUCUCUGCCGUUGCUCGAGAACCAGACACCCUAGUGGACGGCGAGGUGGUGCAGGGGCGAGUGGGGUUGGUCGCUGAGUACGGAAUCUUCUUCGAGGUCGGCUGCCGGCGCCGAGUGCUGGCGCGGCCCCGGCACUUGCUGCGGCCCUUGGAGCAGUACUCGGAAGGCCAGCUGGUGCGCCGGCUCUUCGUGUUCCGCGAUGAAGUCGGACGGCCUGCGCUGUCGGAGGGGGGCCCAGCCCCACGACAGCAAGCCACCGAGGUGUCGCCCGAGGCGCUGGGCCUUCCCGGUCCGGAGGUCCCGCUGCAGGGCGUGGUGGUGUCGCGGCUGCCCUACGGCUUGGUCCUGGAGCUCCAAAACUGCGCGCGCGACGCCUUCCUCAGCCAAAACCUCUGCCGCGACAUCGAGGCGUACCCGGUCGGCACAAAGCUGGUCGUCCAGGUGCUCUCUGCUAGCUUUGCGGGGGACAUUCAAGUGAGAGAGCUUGGCGUUGAGUGACGUCGAGAUGGCGAGUCAUGCGCUUUGCGGUUGUAUGCGGUUGUUUGGAUCAUG